GGAGGCUGUGAGCGGAAGGCGGAGGCUGAGCGAGCUGCCGGGGCCAGUGAUGGUGCCGGAGAGCUGGGAGCACAGCGUGGCAGUCGGUGUGGCCGGGCUCACAGCAGCAUCACAGAAGAACAUCAGAGAAUGAAAUGGACUUUGAAACUGCUGCAGGCAUCCGUGGCUGUCGGAAUGAGAUAAUGCAGAGGAAAGACCCUAAUCUUCAGGAGGAAGAAUAUGAUUCAGAUGAUGAUUUGUCCGAAGGAAGUCAAUUCAGACACAAAGCAGAAAAGCGCCGAGCUAAAAAGAAGAGGCAGAGAGAACGGAAAAAGCUUGAGAAGAUAAAGCACCUGGAAGAGAAUGAACAGGAACCAGAGUGGGACGUAAACAGUGCAUUUGUCGCCAACGCUGCCAGUCACAUAAGGCCAAAGACCAGAUGCAAACUAGACAAAAAGCACAAUGACAACAAGGAGAAUGAAGGGAAAAUGCAGGAGAGUGACUGUGCAACUUCUUCAGUACAACGAGGACGGCACCUUGCUGAACAAGGUAUUAAUUCUGUGGAAGAUGGAAACUACACCAAAGCCAUUGAAUUGUUUAGUGAAGCCAUCAGAUUAGAUCCUAAGGAUUACAGGUUUUUUGGAAACCGUUCGUAUUGCUAUGAGCAGUUGAAGCUUUACCCUAAGGCACUAAUGGAUGCUGAGAUCUCCAUACAGCUUUCUCCUGAUUGCCCAAAAGGCUAUUUCAGGAAAGGAAGAGCUCUGCAAGGCUGCAAUAGAUUUUUGGAGGCAGAAGAAGCAUUUAAUAUGGUCCUGCAGCUGGAUGAAAACUGUGACGAGGCUUUGAAAGAGAUACACACCUGCCAAGUGAUGAAACUCAUGGAACGGGGGUUUACGCAGGAACAAAGUAUCACUUUACUGGAGAAAUACGAGUCGGUUGCUGCUGUCCUGGAAGCGCCCAUAUCUGUUGAAGUGCUACAGAGAAAUGUGAAGAUAUUCCUAGAUGAAUCCAUAGAAGAUGAUACAUUUUUCCUGAAUCUUCUUUCUGAAGCACAGAGUUCAUCUUUGUGGGUUGGUAAUAUCACCGACCAGAUUACAGAAAAACAGCUGAGAGACCUGUUUAAAUGUUAUGGAGAAAUCCACAGCAUCCGACUCCUUGGCGAGAGAUUUUGCGCGUUUGUCAACUUCAAAUGUCCUGUUGCGGCGGCCCGAGCUCUUGAUGCUUUGCAGGGAAAAGAAGUAGAGAAUACAAAAUUAUUGAUCAGAUACCCAGACAAGCCUUUCCGACCUGCAACUGUGAGCACUUCAGAAGCACAAACAAAGACAGCCUCAAUAAAUUCCAAGAAAAAAGGAGCAGUAAAGACCAGCGAAUGUUACUACUGGAGAUCCAACGGGUGCAGUUUUGGAGAUAAAUGCCGCUACAGACAUAUCCCUGAAAAUAAAGGGGUAGACAAAAAGCAGUGGAAAUGCUGAUCUAAUCAAUACUCCGACACAGAGCAAUUUCAGAUAAAAUAUCAAGAACCAAGGCCAAAUGAUUCCAAGAUGGAUGUCUCUAGGUCUGCCAGUGAUUUGAUGAAACUUUCUGCAACUUAUCAAAUGUUCUGAAAUGAAUCAUGGUUUGCACAUCUUUAUUGCUGUGGAACUUCCUUGGCUCUUAUUUCUUUGUGUUUUAACGUCUCCUCUUCGGCUCGUCACAAUGAUGAUAUCUAGAAGCGUGGAUCUGAACAUGCACUUUAAUGUAGAACACUGAACGAUUGCAUGAACUGCUACCUGUUACAAAUCAAGCCUUUGAUAUGCCUUGAAAUACUGGAAUUACAGUAAAACCAUCCUCCAACGUUGCAGAACAUGACUUGCUUGGGAGAAGAAGAAUACGUUACCAGCUGAAUUCCGGGUUUCUAACCCAUUGGUCCUAGACUUCUCCUUUCACUAGGGUGACUUGUUUCAAAAAUAUUUAUUUUCCAGUAAUUACACAGCCAGAGCAUAUAUUUGUUCUGUUUUAAUUUAGCAUUAUUUUGCCAUCAGGCGAAACUAUUAACUGUAAUGGAAAAGGGGCCAAAAUGUAACACCAAUCAUUCUCGGAAACAUUAUGGUCUAAGACGGUAGAUAAUAUUUUCUGAAGUGCCUUAUUUUAUACAGAUUUUUGUACAUUUGGAAUAUUCACACUGUAUUAUUAAUUGACCAGGGGGUGUUUUAAUUGUGUCAUUCUUUGCUAAGUGUUGCUGUAUGUUUUUGGCGUAGAAAUUUGUGACCCACUAUCAACAAGUGAUGCCAACUAGUAAAGAGUCUGCAACGCCCGGUCAGUCUUUGCCAAUGUAACUAACUUUCUUAUAAACCUGUUUAUUUAUUAUUGUAUGUUUUAAUUGUUUGCACUAA